AUGUCCAUCGGCACCCACCGUCUCUCCUUCUCUAUUAGUGGUCCACCACGCACCCCCAAUGAUCCAUUGGUGGUAGUCAUCCCAGGGUCAGGUGAUGUUGCCUCCUCUUACGCAGCGGUGGAACCACUCGUCGCCGAGUUCGCACGGAUCUUUCUCUAUGAUCGCUCGGGUCUUGGCAACAGCGAGCCCGCGCCCAGUCAUCCUCUCGCUGUUGAGUCGGCAAUAGAACUACACAAACUUUUACAGGCCACGGAGCAAGCCCCACCAUACGUUCUAGCUGCUCAUUCCUACGGUGGGAUCAUUGCAAGGGAAUACUAUGACCUCUACCCCGACGAAGUAUCUGGUAUUGUCUUCUGUGAUGCUUCCACCGAGAGACUCCUCGAAUACGUUGAUAUCCCGGACCCCAACCUGAUUGCGGUCCUCGGAACAUUGGAUUUGGAUCUCGUGACAGAGCUACAGGCCAAGGCAAAAAUAUCACAAGAUAAGUGGCAACAGAGAGCUACGGAUAAGGCUCGUGGGAUUCAAACAGUUAUGGCCGAAGCAAAUGGGGAUGCGGUCCAGGAAAUUUGUCGCACGCUUGCACAAAAGAAGCAGUUCGACAAUCAGGCCAUGGGUAGUAAGACACUAAGCAUCAUCUGUUGCAACACUGCUCUGGACCAAGAGCGAAUAUAUGCUGCGGGGGUCGAAGCUGGAAAUGGCACAGAGGCGCAGCAGAGAGCGUUCAGACAGACUCUCGAUCGGUUUGGGCCAGCUGCACAUGGUCUCGCCUCUGAUCACAUGAGGCUGUCUUCGAAUACGCACUUUGUCAACCUUCCUGACUGCGCACAUGAUGUUCAGCUCUUGAGACCUGAUGUUGUGGCAGGGGAGAUCAAGUGGGUGCUGGACCAGCUUAGAGGCUAA